AUGGCUCAGCUAGUCAUUUUUAUUUUCAUGCUUAUGACGCUUGCUGUUUCAGGAAGACACUUUUUUAGUGAGAAGCCAAGUUGUUACCAGUCAGUGCCCAGGAAACCCAGCUUUGGGGUGAAAACCACAGCUCGUCCUCACGAACUCCUGAACCUCAUUCAGCUGCCAAAGUCCUGGGACUGGAGGAACGUAAAUGGCAUCAACUACGUCAGUGCAACUCGGAACCAGCACAUCCCUCAGUACUGUGGCUCCUGCUGGGCUCAUGGCAGCACCAGUGCAAUGGCAGAUCGCAUUAACAUCAAGCGAAAGGGAGUGUGGCCAUCUGCAUACCUGUCGGUCCAACAUGUGGUUGAUUGUGCUGAUUCUGGCACCUGUCAUGGAGGGGACCAUGGGGGUGUGUUCGAGUAUGCCCACAAAUAUGGCAUCCCCGAUGAGACCUGCAACAACUACCAGGCAAUUGACCAGAAAUGCAACCCAUUCAAUGCAUGUGGGACUUGCACAACUUUUGGGAAGUGCAACAAUUUGCGGAACUACACUUUGUGGAAGGUGGGCGACUUUGGAGCCAUUAGUGGACGGAGUAACAUGAUGGCAGAAAUCUACACUGGAGGGCCAAUCAGCUGUGGAAUCAUGGCCACAGAGAAACUUGAUGCGUACACUGGGGGUCUGUACUCUGAGUAUGUCGAGACUCCCUUCAUCAACCACAUUGUGUCAGUGGCAGGCUGGGGAGUAGAAAAUGGCACUGAAUACUGGAUUGUGCGCAACUCCUGGGGAGAACCAUGGGGUGAGAGGGGCUGGCUCAGGAUUGUGACAAGCGCCUACAAAGGAGGAAGUGGAAGCCAGUACAAUCUUGCUCUGGAGGAAGACUGCAUGUAUGGAGAUGUGAUCGUGCCCUCAACUUAUCAAUAGACAUCAAGAACAUCCUUUUUACAUGUGCAAUACAUGUUUCUUGAACUCCAGAUUCAGUACUGACUCAUUUCAGAGCCUUAAAUUCAUGUAAAUCA